AUGCAUUCCUUUACCGUUAUUGCUACGGCCUUGAUCUCAACCGCCACUGCAGAUUUCACUUCCUACUGCUGCGCUUUUGGCGCCCCUGAAAUGACGACUGGUGAUAUUGCUUGGGCUUUGGCUGAUCCCCACAUAAUCACUGAGCUAGGAGUAGCCGGGAACACACCGUACACACAUUGGGUCGGAACGUGCAAAUAUCAUGGCAAACCUAUGCCCUGUGGCAAAUACACCACGACAGCCCGGACUAGGGACAGGCCGGGAAAGCAACUUGCAUCGGGCUAUUUGGAAUGUGACGACGUUUCGUACCUGGAGUUCAACGAUCAAUGGUCUUGUCCGUUUUAA